AUGGAGAAAUUAACACAAUUCGUAUCUAAGUCGUUCGAAAACAACAACAACCCCUCUCUGACCGAUCACAUAAGUUACGAAGUGAAAAUAUCUUCUAUAAGUCCUUUAAUAAAAACUGAAAAAGAGUUUAUUACUAGUGACGAUAUUAAAAAACCGAUAAACUGGCUAAUUUCAGACAUAGAAAAAUCAGAUAACAUCAACAUCGGUGUAGAUCUUCGUCUAAAUCCGUCGAGGAAUUCGAAAAGUGUUUACGACUCCGACGAUAAGUGCAAUAAAAAUUCUGACACCAACUGUGAAGUUGAAAAAACUACAAAGUGGUGCAAAAAUAAUGUGAACAAUCUCGAUAGCGAUAAUAAAGAUUCUGAUACGUGUUCGGAUAAAUGUGAAAAAAUAUACGACAAGAAAGACUGCAAUAAGGACAAUAAUGUUUCUGAACAAAGUGAACACAAAAUCUUUAUAGUUAGCGACCAAGACGAAAACCUCGAAGAACUGACAAUUUCCCGGGACAGCUCGACAUUGAACCAUUCAGUAUCCGUAAAAUCAACAACGAAGCAAAGGAGAUCGCGGACUAACUUCACUUUGGAACAGUUAAACGAAUUAGAGCGACUUUUCGAUGAAACUCAUUACCCGGAUGCUUUCAUGAGGGAAGAGUUGAGCCAAAGGCUAGGGCUGAGCGAAGCGAGAGUGCAAGUCUGGUUCCAAAAUAGGAGAGCAAAAUGCAGAAAACAUGAAAAUCAAAUUCAAAAAGGUGUGAUGUUGAACAAUCACAGUCCACCCUCAAGCACUCCGUUAGAACCAUGCAGAGUGGUACCUUACAUGAACGUUCCAGCUUUACGGGGAAUAUCUCUGACAUCUAGUUCUGUAGCUCUUACAAACUAUGACAGACUUUCCACGACACCUUUUUCCCAACCUGGAACUGCGUUUUCAGCCAUAAAUUCAGCAUUUAUCUCAGCAGCGCACCAGUAUGCAGCCGCAGCUGUGGCUGUUGGAGGAGGAUCAGCAGCCGCAGCGGCUGCCAGCAUUCUUUGCCAUCCUCAGUACCCUCUUGAGUUUGCCGCGCUAGCAGUAGCCCACAAAAACUCAAGCAUAGCGGACUUAAGACUAAAAGCGAAAAAACACACAGAAGCAUUGGGACUGUCCACGAGGGAUAAACUACUUUAA